AUGGAUAAUACAAAUUCAAGAAGCAGAAACCAUAGUAUUGGAGUUCAAAUUAGUGAAACCAGUGGGAAUAAUGAUCAUAUGAAUUUGGAUAUUGAUGAAAUGAUUGAAAGAUUAUUUGAUUCAAGUAGCAGAAGUGAGACUCAGAGACAAAUUCGUCAACACAACAUUCUAGAUUCUCCUGAGACAUUGAUGAAUGUUGUUAGAUUAUCUUCUAGACUUGUGUGGGGAAGAAGUGGGCAGAGGAGUAACACUCGAGUCAAUGUGGAAACUCCUAUUCCUGAUAGAGACAAUCGCCUCUCAAACAUAUUUCACCAUCUCUCUAACUCUCCAGAAAAUGAAGCUGAGUUGAACAUUUUUGUCAAGCUUUUCUCUUUGGAAGAGGAAAGAGUACCAAAUCUGGAGGAGCCAUACCUUAGGUGCAAGGCUAAAAUGUCAACGGAUGAACUUUGUCAGUACAUAGCGUCAAAAACCUCAUUGCAAACUGAAGAAAUUGAAUUGUAUAUAGUAAAUGAAUGUGAACCCAAAAUUAUAUUCGGUGACACAAAACUCGAUCCAAAUAACAUUAAGUCAGAAUUCCUAACAAAAGGGGAAGAAACUUUGGCUGAACUCACUCCACAUAAUCUCAAUCGUGGUUGUCUGGUCAUAGCUUAUAAGAAGAAGAUGUGGGACUUAAAUGUAGCGUUAUGUUGAGCUCAAUGAUUUGAGCAACUGAAUUAAUUGGUACUUGAUGAGUGCAUUACAAUACUAAACUAUGGAAACUUUGUAGUUUAUUUAUGGUACUCUUUUUGUAAACAAAAAGACACUCAAUUGAUAAACUUUACAAUAUUAUUUCCCGAAUUUCUGGGCUAUAGCUAGGUUGUUAGUGGUUGGUUUUUUCAC